ACCAAAUGGAUGCGUCGCUCCAACGACCGUCCAAACCUCCAUUACUGUGUCCACCAAAUGAAAUACAGCAAAGACUCAUGUAAUGACCUCGGAUUCCUUAUCCCACUUGGCCUAAAAGAAUCCGAUCCCCCUCCGAUCCCAUUUCUGGUGUACUGUGAAUCCCGGGGCGACGCGGAGCGCAGUGCCAACUUCCUGAGGUCACGAGUUUGUGCAUCCCUCCAACAGAAAGUUGUGUGGGUUCAUUCUGGGAUGUCUGAUGGACAUAAGUUGAAGGUAGUCAACUUGUUUAAAGAAGGGAAACUCAUUGGACUUACGAGCACAGAAUCAUUGGGACUGGGCCAUGAUCUAGCGAAUGUGACCCGUUUGGUUCAGUUUGGUCCACCAGAUAACUUGAACACGUUGACUCAGCGCUUUGGGAGAGCCGCUCGGAACCCGGACAUUUCAGCCAUCGUGGUUCUUCUCGUGCCAAAAGACUAUUUUGAGCCAACACGUCGCCAGCGAGAGGAGAGGGCUCUGAGGUCAGCAGAGAGCCGGAAGCGGAAG